GCCGCCCGCGUGGCUGUGGCCGCCAUGGCCGCUGUGGUUGUCGCGGCCGCCAGUCCCCCGGCGGUGGUUCGCGCGGCGCAGAAGGACGACUACUACCGCGGCGGGCUGCGGAGCGCGGCGGGCGGCGCCCUGCACAGCCUUGCGGGUGCGAAGAAGUGGCUGGAGUGGAGGAAAGAGAUUGAGUUGCUGUCGGAUGUAGCCUACUUUGGCCUCACCACGCUUGCAGGCUACCAGACCCUCGGGGAGGAGUACGUCAGCAUCAUCCAGGUGGACCCAUCCCAGAGCCGUGUGCCCUCAAGGCUGCGCCGCACUGUGCUGGUCACACUGCACACCGUCCUGCCCUACCUGCUGGACAAGGCGCUCCUCCACCUGGAGCAUGAGCUGCAGGCCGACAGCGAUGGCACCUGGUCCUCCCAGGGCAGCCUGGCACCUGGCAUGCGCCACCGGUCAGGGACAAGGCGCUGGGUGCACCGGCACGUGGCCACCCUGACAGAGCAGCAGAAGAAGGCACUCCUGCGGGCCACCUUGGUGCUCAGGCAGGGCCUCAGCUGCCUCCAGCGGCUCCACGUCGCCUGGUUCUAUAUCCACGGCGCCUUCUACCACCUGGCCAAGAGGCUCACCGGAGUCACCUAUCUCCACGUCCGCCGCCCGCUUGCAGAGGACCUGAGGGCUCGCACAAGCUACAGGCUGCUGGGGCUCGUCUCCCUUCUGCACCUGGCGUUGUCCACAGUCCUGCAGCUGUAUGGCUUCCGGCAGAGGCAGCGUGCCCGGAGGGAGUGGAAGCUGCACCGCAGCCUGUCGUACCGCAGGAGCCACGUGGAAGAGAGGGCAGUUUCCAGAAACUCCCUGUGUACCCUGUGCCUGGAAGAACGCAGACAUUCGACAGCCACGCCCUGUGGCCACCUGUUCUGCUGGGAGUGCAUCACCCAGUGGUGUGACACCAAGGCGGAGUGUCCCCUCUGCAGGGAGAAGUUCCCUCCCCAGAAGCUCGUCUACCUGCGGCACUAUCGCUGACCUGACAGAGCGGCCCGACGUCCUGAUCGUCAGGAGGAAGACUUAUUCUCAAGACUACCUUUACUUGUACAGAAACCACAGAAUUCUCUAAUUUAUAUUUCUUGUCAUGAAGAUAUCAUGCCAGUGGCUCAGGAGGACAGAGGCUAGGCCUGGCUGCAAAACGGCAGGCCCAGGGCCUUCAGGCGGGGUUGGCGGGGCUCCACCCAGCUCAGUGACCCCCGAGCCUGGGGACGCUGAUGGCGAGACCCAGUUGGGGCAGAGGCUCAGCUGAGAGCCCCACACCCCGCUGUGGCACAACUUAGUCACUUCUCCAGGACUUCACUCUCUGCACAUGGUUUUAUGUUCCCUCCAUUUCCCAAACCACACAGGUGAGACCAACCUUUAUUCAGGACAAACUUUAUUCACUUCCAUGAUGAGAAACGAUUCCACGUCAGGCGUAUGGUAAGGGUGUGGCCUGAACAGGCGUGCUUAGAGCAGAGCACGGAGCAGUUUGCUUUUGAUGGUGUGGUCAGUCCGCCAGCCCCAGUGACCCCGCAAACCUUGCCCUUGUCACCAGAGCCAGGCUGAGUGGCACAGGCACAUCCACUCAGGAAUAGAAAGAAACCAAGGACCCGUAUCUCCACCUGAAAUGUUUGGCACGCACCUUUUAACACAUGUCAAGUUUGCUUCCGAUUUUAGAAAAACGGAGUCUGCAUCUUGGCCUUGCACAAAGGCGGAAGGGCCUCCAGCUCAGAGCUCCUGGUGGGGCAGAGCCAGCUUGAGUGACACGUGCUGCUAACACCUAAGCCACAAACACCACCCCUCAGGCUCCGCAGUCUCCCAGAGGCAGGGACACGGCUGCUUACCCCAGGUCACUGCUAUGUCCAGCCUACUUCCUGCCGCCUUUUUGUUAUUUUGAGGUUUUUAAAACUGUAUUUAAUUUGUGCCAGAGACAGGACUUUGCCAUAGGCAUCCUUAAGAAACGAAUUGCACGGAAGCAUUAAUACAUUAAGAAGACCUUCAGGGGCCGCCCCGUGGCGUGGGGGUGAAGUUCAGCGUGCCCUGCUUUGGCAGCCCAGGUUCACGGGUUUGGCUCCCAGGCAUGGCACAGACCUACACUACUCGUCAGCCAUGCUGUGGUGCGACCAGCAUAUAAAGUGGAGGAAGAUUGGCACAGAUGUUGGCUCAGGGCUAAUCUUCCUCAAGCAAAAAAAAAAUAAAAGAAUGCCUUCAGGGUGAACUGAAAAUCAGAUUUCCUAAGGGUGGUAUAAAAAUACCCUUGCCAGGCCCUCUGGUUGGGGUGUCACGUUCCCCUGCUGCAAGUGUCAUAGCACAGGCUGCUGGCAAAGGCCUACGCAGGCCACUUCUCAGAGUUUGACUUAGUGGACACAGCUGUUCAGGAAUAGGGAUGGCUCUGUACUCCUCAGUUAAUAAAGGUCAGCUGCCAGAGACAGGCCGCUGUGACCACGGGCCAGAUUGAGAGCAGACCUGACAGGGAGGGGCCCCAAGAGAGGGCCUCGGUUCCUAAAAUACUUUCCUUACACUCUGACCAAGCACACGCUAUUUCCCAGAACAUCUCAGGCCUGAGCAUUUACUAUGAAAACAGUAUGAAAAAUUUUUUAAAUGUCUAUAGAGUUUGAACACCUCAAAUGCUGCCACAUGGUCUGAAAGUACAGAUUUGGGUCAUCUAAAUAAGAAGUUGAAGACACAGGGUCAGGUAUACAAAAGGAAUGGCCUCUCAAAAACAAGAGGAGCUCAAUUUCCAAUAUGCAGAAAUCGGCAAGAGAAAAGCCAGACAGUAAGCCUGUUCAAUUCUAAAACCUUAAGACGAAGGAAAACUGCUCAGAGUGACGAGUCUGAACUGCCUGAAGACCUGGGAGGAAAUACACUGGUUCGUACUUCAGCAUCUGUGCCCCAGUGACAACCAUGGUCAUGUUUGAUGUCUGUUCUCUUGCCGUUGGUAAAAACGGCUCACCACCAGAGAGCCAGCACGUCUCGGGCUGGGCUUGCCUUUGUGCAGCGAGCUGAGUGCUUUAGAUAAAGACUACACGAGAAAGGGGACACUGUCUUUAAUAAAGUUGGAAUUAAAAAGUCA